AUGGGUCAGAGAUUUGAUGUUACUGAUGACUCCCAAUUUGAUGCUCAGGCCGGGGAUGGUACUAACUUAGACAGAGACCUCUUCAACACAGCAGGAAACUUACCUCCAAGUAAUAAGGAAUGGUAUGAGGGUGCAGCCAAGUGCUAUCCUCAGGACGGCGCCACAUUUCUGGAUCUCUUCGACGCCAAUGAGUAUGCAGAAUACAGGAAGGAGAACCUGUUUUACCCAUUCGCAUCGAGGGAAGAGUGGGAGGUCGCUGACUUCCUCCUGCGUUCUGCCCUUAGCAUGGCAGCAAUUGACACCUUUUUGCAGCUCUCUAUGCCUCUGAUGAAAGCUGCCGAACUCGGAAUAAUGAUGGCAGACCCAGUGGGAAACAUUUGCCACUGUUUUACCCCCCUUGCGGCAUACAUUGUUGAUACUCCUGAGGCAUGUAUGCUCGCAUGUGUGCGUGGUAAAACCUCUCCAUUUACAAUGGCGUCGUACCUGCAGUUCAGGGACAACUUUCGUCACCCCACACGUACAUGUGCAAUCACUCUUGAGCAGCUCACCAGCAUCGAUGUUGAUCCCAACAACCUUGAAGCUUUUUUUGCUGCAUGCGCGGAAUUCUGGCUGAAUGGUGUCUUUGCACCUUUCUGGAAGGGUUGGCGGUUCAGUGAUCCCACAAUAUUUCUUACACCAGAAGCUUUGCAUCACUGGCAUAAACAGUUCUACGAUCACAACUUGCAAUGGUGUCUUGCAGUUCUUGGAGUGCCAGAAUUUGAUUUCCGAAUCUCAAUAUUGCAGCCCAUUACAGGCUAUCACCACUUCUCCAGCGGAAUAUCCAAACUGAAGCAGGUCACGGACAGAGUCCACCGCGAUAUACAGCGCUACAUUGUUGGACUGAUCGCUGGUGCAGCCCCUCGUAGGUUUGUGAUCGCAAUUCGUGCUUUAAUGGAUGUCCGAUACUUGGGGCAGUCUCCCGCACCUGAUGAUGACUCACUGGCAUUCAUCGACAGAUCACUCGCAAUCUUUCACGACAACAAAGAUGUCAUUAUGACACUAGGUGCUCAGAUGGGUACAAAGAGAGCCAUUGACAAUUGGCACAUACCCAAGCUAGAGCUCAUGCAGAGCAUUACCACUAGUGCACGCCAAGUUGGCGCUCUCAUCCAGUGGUCCGUGGAUGCAACUGAACAUGCACACAUCACCGAAAUCAAGGACCCAGCACGGCAUACUAACAACAACGAUUAUGAUCCCCAGAUCUGUCGUCACCUAGAUCGAGAGGAGAAACUGCAUCGUUUUGCAAUUGCUACAACUCUCAAGAGCCCUCCCACACAUCCUGAUCUCGAAGAACUCCAUGAGGAUGAAGGGGACAAGGAAGAGGAUAAGGACAAGGAAGAGGAAGAAAAUGGGGAAAUUAAUGAACCGAUGGAUCUGCAAAGUGCACUCUUACAGGAACUAAAUCAUAUGCGUACCACUUCCAACUACUUCUGCAAAAUAAGAUCGUUGGCUACUGCAAGGCACGAUGGAAUUCCUCAGACUCACCCUCCUCGCACGUUCCUUGCUGGCAGCACCACUGUUCAUCUCAACUGUAACCCCACCCGCUGUAGAGACUCAUGCCUCUCAUUGUGCAAUAUGGCAGUUUUUACUGGGGAGUACAUGGCACGAACUUGUAGCAUCACUCUGUGUGCUACCCGCAGCUAUCUCUAUAUGAGGCGCAGCUUUCCCGCGCAACGCGCGCCAUGCGCGCGUACCUUUCCCGCACUUCACGAUGUAUAUGCGCGCGCGCUUUCCCGCGCUUGA